GUUCGAUGGUGCGACGAUGAUGCAAGCAACUCUCCAGGCUCUUGCGGACGGCCUUCCUUUGACGCUUUGGGGCCAUAAUUUCCUUGUCUAACAAAUAAAGCACACUAUAGCUUGCUGAGAAAGAGUGCGUAGACUCCGACACAGGACACCUUAGCACCAAUAGCACUGAAACCGAUCGGAUCGUAGCGAUAGGCUCCACGAGAACACUAUUCUAUCGCUCGUCCGAGUCCGUCUCACUUCCGCGCGUACCGAGUCUGCUUUUCCGUUUCUAUAGAAAAUGGUGUCCCGCUCAAGAGGAGGAAAUCUAGUGCCGAUUCGGGUCGACGCUUUUUACGAAGACGACAAAAAGAUGAUUCAUAUACGCCUGGUAGAUACGCUCUUGUUGGAUCCGCAACUAUUGCCUUUACCACAUUCUUCACUGGAAGAAAAUACGCAGCAUUUGGCGUACACGAUGUUGUCGGAUGCCGAGGUGCUUGGCAUGGGACGUACGGUCCGCCACUUUACGGGAAGACUGGAUUUAUGGAGCCAUCCCUUGCAGCAGCUGAUUGCGGAUCAGAUUCGUCCUCAAUUGCAACAAGCCCUUUCGGGAAAGCGAGUGCUGCUGGACACUAUCCGUGAGAGAAACACCAAGAAAGUCAAAUUGGAAGGGAAUUCUACGAGUUCCGGUAAAGAUCCAGGGAGCGGUCUACCGAAUAGUAACUCACAGGUAGCACCACCGGAGAGCGCUAAAGAAGCGCUCAAAUCAUCCGAGGGCGAGAACACUCAAACGGUGACGGCUGCAACAGAAAAAGUUGAUUUUGCCUCGAAAACGAAAGAUGAGGGAACCGAGCAAGUGCACUCGUUCUCCCGCUUGGAGCAAGAAAAGUCCUCGUCUUCCUCGCUGAUACCGAUUCGGUUGCGACUUUCGGUACAUGGAGUGCGCAUUCACGAUGACUUUCUAUUGGGACCCUCGAUUGAAGAACGUAAAUCCGCUGGUUUUUGCUCGGGGUUUGGCACAAGACCUGAAGCUAUCGGACGAAGCAGUUCAAGCCAUUGCGAUUGAUAUUGUUGAACAGCUGCAUGGCUCCAAACGCGAAGCAGACGGGGACGUCGAAAAAGACGAGGGCGGGCCCAUGAAACGAACCAACGCAACCGCAGCCUGGAAUUUAGGACAGAAAGUGCAUAUUACGAACGUGGCCUAUCUGGUGGCUCAGCAUCGCAGAGAGGAGAAAGCAAAAUAGCCGGGUUCUAGCCUUUGUCAAUAACAUAGCGAGGUUGGCAUAAUUAGUCUUUGACAUUGGCACC